AUGCGGAGCUUUUCACUGGAGAGAAGGAGUGGUAACAAGUGCUACAUGAUGGCAGCGAGGGCCUUGAAUAUAACUUGGGGGCAUGAUCAAAGAUACUGGCAGUGGAUCUCCCUUCCUGACACCAGGUUCACAGAAGUGGCUGUGCUAAACAUAGUAUGGUGGCUUGACAUCACUGGCAAAUUCAGCAUAUCCCUUCUCUCUGAUGACACCCUCUACGCCGCUUACCUUGUCUUUAAGUGGAACCUUGCUCCCUACGGUUUCCGUCAGCCCGUUGAGGCCUCCCUAGUCUUGUCUGGCACAGAUCCUGUUGAUGUUCAGCCUUCCAUGGUGAGUCUCAUGCACAAUCCGGGAAGUGAAGAAGGUCUCUGCGCUCAGCUUAGAAGUGACGGUUGGUACGAGGUUGAGUUGGGACACUUGUUCAAAAGGAGAGGAGAUAUGGGUGAAUUUGAGAUGAGCCUUAGGGAGACUAAGAAACCUUUUGAGAAGAAGGGACUUAUUGUUCAUGGAAUGGAGAUUAGGCCACUCCCACCUCCCUAA